GUAAACCAACAGGAUCGACAGCCCACGUGCCGGCACACCCGGUCAUCCCUCAUGACGUCGUCCAUCCCUUCACGGUGGGAAAGCGUGUCGAGGCAGCACGAGCGCAUUCGUCUCUCCAUUGACAAUCGCCUCAGAAAGAUCGAUGCAGAGUUGAAAGAGCUGGACGCCCUUCGCGAGGGUUUGACCAGGCCGGAAGGCGGCAGCAUGCAGACUCCACGCACCGUCGUAGUUCCACCGACGUCUUCCACCUCCGCACUAUCGGAUAGACGCAAGCGCAACCGGGAAGACACUGCCGUUACGGUGGGCUACUUGCGGGUUCACGGCGUGCAGCGGCGGAUGGCACGCGGACGUGGUGCAGACCCCUUCGAGGACGCAGGACUCUACGCGGAGGAGGGCAACCCUGUGGCGCAGUUUGCUCCCGUGCAGCUGAGCAGCGAUGAGGUGGCACGCCAACAGCUGCUGACGCUCUUCCCUGCAAUACCGGUGACGGGCCUGCGCAAAACGGAUCAGCUUCCACCCGUUGCCGUUUCCAGGAUUGAAUCGCGCAUGAAGGCAGCCGGCCUUCCGAAGGCGUCGUUCUCUAUUGGCCGCCGUAUCGUGAGCGACGCCUAUGUCUCCGUCAGCCCGCUUACGAGUUCCGACGAGUACAUCAUGUUGCUCAAGGACAUGUUGUCUCCUACGCGGGAUGCGCAGCUUGCGCAGGCGCUGUGCCGUGAGCUCUGCGCCGAUCCAACCGCCGUCCGGUCCUCUCUCUGCGCGAUACUGGCGGAACGGGCCGUUGCGGACACGCUGCCAGCGCGUGCUCGCGUCUUGGCCGUGAAGCUGCUUGGACUGCGGCAGUUCUCCAAGUCUUCGGUUGACACUGUGGCCUGGACUUUCAUACAGUGCUGCCAAUGCACCGACCGCGACGUGAUGGAGAGCUCGCAGGUGCAGUGGGCGCAAACACUUCGCUGCGCCACUCCACGGGAGCUGCCUCCCUUUCCUCUGCGAGACUCGGUGCUUUAUCUGGCGCUGUGCCACACCCUUCUUAACCGGUUGGCGGCGGCAAGGACGGCGAGGCAGGGCUAUCUGCCGUACGUGCUGACGGCAGCAGGAGGGUAUGCGCAGCUCAUCUCCAGCAAGGCGUUGCUGUCGCAGCGGAGAUUCGAAGACUUCACCGCACACGUUUCAACGGCCUUUGAGGGCAGCGUUGGCCUCCUUUCUUAG